AUGAAGAAAAUGGCCACGAUGAGCAACUCCAGCAGACAAAGCUGUACCAGUACACGGAUGCCAGCAUCUCUAUGGAUCGUAUCCGCAUUGCUGCUAUUAUCAGAACAAACUUCCACGUGUUGUGCCUUUCUUUCCAGAGUUCCUUUCUUCCAUCAGCAUUCCACUACUACGACCUUCUCUUCUCCAAGACCAUCUUCCUUAUUCCUCACACCUGCUCACAUUGACAGUGCCGAUCAUGUUCUCAAUACGUUUGCCCAACCCAAUGCCAUCAUUUUGGAUGUUCGGUCUCAACCAGAAAUUGAUUGCCAAGGACUGAUACAUACCCAUCGACCAUGGUUGCAGACAAGUUGUACACCCAUGGAAUGUCCCAGUCUAUCAGGAGUGGCACGGACCAUGUUUCCAGAUAAGAAUAUCCCCAUUAUUGUCCACUGCUCUUCCGGAAUGAGAGCUGCCAAGGCCAAGGAAGUACUCGAGACUAUGGGAUACACACAAGUCGUCAAUGCGGGAGCUUUUGAAGACUUGGGGUAUCUACAACUGGCGGCAGACAAGGCCAUGUCAGCUGCAGGGGCGGAAGAAACAACAGCAGUGACUGCACCAUCCAUAGCAUCGCGCAACAAGGAGCAACCAGAGCACACGACAACUGACCAUACUACGAGCACUGUAGUAAAGCCUGCCAGAAGCACGGGCCAACAAAAGCCAAACUUGCCCAUUGUGGAUGCCGUUUGUGUGGAAACAUCAACUACUGCAGCAGCACAAGACAAUUAUGGUCGUGGAAACACUGCAGGAUCAAGCAAUGACAAUGAAGAGCCAAGCGAGGCGACAAUUGUAGAUGAGUCGUCUUCACCAUUCGAAUGGAGUCAUCAUCGCAAGAGCAAUGCAGAUUCGGAGGCCGCAGAAGUCUUAUACUCCAGCAUGAACGAGCAACAACAACAUGACUCCCUUCCAGAUGCUGUAUACUCAAACUCCAAAUUCAAUCCAAACGGUUUCGCGCGAAGGGGUGAAAGGGUGAAUCAAAUGGAAUCAAUCAUGGAUUGGUCGGAAAUUGCGGCAAAAUCCAAGGCGGAUGCCUCUUCUACAUCAUCAGUACCCUGGGACAAUUGUUUCAAUGAAUUCGAUGCAGCGAGCAGAAAUUAUGGUGUUCAGCAGCCAGCUCGAGUGGAAGAACCCGUUGAUACGGGCUUCUUUUCAGACUCACUCCAACAGCCUUACUCCAAUGGUGCCGACACAACAAACAACUGGAACUCUCCUGUUCAGGGACACCAGCAGCCAUCCGCAGCUGGUAAACACAACAUGGAUCAGCCCAUUAAUUGGCAAAUGGACCAGCCAGUCGAUCCCACAGUCAUCUUUGUCGACUCAAAUCAACCAACUGACAGUUAUUCCAAUGGUGCAACCAACAGAAACGAUCACUAUCAGGAAUGGCCCCAGCAGCCAUCCACAGUGAAUGGCUUUGGUAGACACAUUGUGGAACCAGUUGAUCCCACGGCCAACUUUAAGCAUUCUUCUUUUCAAUCCACUGAUACUUAUUCCAAUGGUGACACGAGACAUGACACUACCAGCUGGGACUCUCAUGUUCAGGGACACCAACAGCCAUCCGCAGCUGGUAGACACAUGGAUCAGCCCAUGGAUUGGCAAAUGGACCAGCCAGUCGAUCCCACAGUCAUCUUUGUCGACUCAAAUCAACCUACUGACAGUUAUGCUAAUGGUGCCCACACAACCAACAGAAACGAUCACUUUUGGGGGCACCAGCAGCCAUCAGCAGCGGAUAGAAACAUGGACCAGCCCAUUGACUCUACAGUCAACUUUAUGGAUUCACUACAACCCAAUACUUAUGAUGUGGUAACGCCGUCUCCCAAUGGAGGAACCAACGCCCCGGAUGACCCAAAUGAUUUCUUUUUUGAAUCUCUAGAGCCAUCCAUAUUUGACGAGUCCUAUCACGGAGAACGGGAUCUGGCAAGUGAUAGGCCGAAUUCACCGGAUGAUCCCGACCGUUUCUUUUAUACGCCUCAGUCAGCAACAGCGAGUGGCAGCGGUUUCUGA